AUGUCUGAAGUAGCUACCUCUGAAGUACCGAAUGGUGCUCAGCCUCAGGCGAUCGAUGUGGAGGUUAUAGAUAUCAAGAUCCAACUACCAUCUUGUAUCAAUAAAUCUACCACUUCGACCAUUUCUGUUCCAUCUACCUUGAAUGCCACUUUGGGUGAGUUGAAACAGUCUCUUGCCAUCAUUCAUAUCCUCAGGAACUUCACCAGCUACGACAUUUUCUAUCACUCGACCAACUUAAGUAAGCAAUUCGAUGAUUUGUUCACUUUGGAAUCGAUUAUUGAAGAAUUGAAUGUUACCUUAGACAAGGCUACCACCGCAGACGCUAAUAGACUGAUUUCUUUAAGCUUGAAGGAAAAAUCUUACACUUUGUCUUCCGUGUAUGAACACUUAGAAAAAUUCAGAGAAUCUAUUGGUUUGAACUUCCUUGAUAAAAAUGCUUUCAGUCUGGGUACUUUGAGUGGUGCUACUAAGUUCAAUUCAUUGGGCUUAAAGGAAGUCCAACAGCAAGUUGAAGAACCUCAAGAAAAGAAAGAGACUUCUGAAGAGAAAUCUGAAGAAAAGAAAGAACCUGAACAACCUGCUCCAUUGUCUCCAGAGGAUAAGGAAGUGCUCGCUUCAAUUUCUUCUUCGAUUUACUCCCUUACUGAUUCACUCGCCGAGUACGCUUCAUUUAAGUCUGCGUACAGCCAAUUGAAGGUGCCAGUAAAGUCCUUGAGUUUGUCUCAAUGGGCUCCCGUUCCACCAUCUCAGCGUGUCAAGGGUGAUCUUUUAUACUUGACCAUUCAAACGUUGGAAAACGACACUGUCAACAUUACUUGUCACAUGAGUGGUUUCUUUGUCAACAAAUGCUCGAUCGCAACUUUCAACCCAUCAUUGAAAGUUAAUGAAGUUGGAAAAUACCAUAAAGAUUUCAAUUUGUUUGAUUUAGUUUCUUCUUUGUCACCUUUAUUUUCUAGGACAAUCGAAGAAAAUGAGCAAAAGUUGUCAGUCUUCUCUCCAAACUACCCAGAGGCUUAUUUGAUUCCAUCAAAUUCAUUUGUUGCUCAUCCUUGGUGUAUCAGUCCUCAAGAAUUGACUACUUCGGUUAAGCCAGAUAUAUCAAGAUCUCAAUUACCUUUGUUGUAUAAUGGUGUUGAUGGCUCUUCUAAUGUCAGAGAUUGGAAUGAGGACAUCCAAUCUAUUAAGGAAUUAUCAAAAGAAUCAAUUGAUGAACGUAUCUUACGUGAACAGUUGUUGAAUAAAUCUUCAUUCGAAUUUACCAAGAUUGCUACCGAAACUGCAAUGAACAUAAUCCGUGGAGAUGUUCCAUCUAUUAACCCUCAAGAUGAACCUGAAAGAAAUGUUUACUUGAGAAAUGGAAUUUUCUAUUUCAUGAAUGUGAACGAUUCUGGUGCCUUCGAUCACACUGGUAGUAAUGAAGCUGCUAGAUAUACUUCUUCUAAAGAUUUGGCUAGUAUCAAGAUGUUGAAUAAGUUUGACGUUCCAGGUGUUUGUAGUUUAGUUACGUGCAUCGUUGACUAUAUGGGAAAGAGAAUUGUUUGUCAAGCACCAGUUCCUGGUAUUUUCAAUAGUGAACAACAAGAAGAACCUGAAAGUGAAGAAGCUGAUGAAAAUAGUGGCAACAAGGUUUCUUAUGGUCUUUCUGUGGAUAGAACUGCAAUCUAUGAAGAUAAAAGCUUCGAAAAGGUUUUGAAGCCGAUCGCUGAAGCACUUCACAUUAAGUCUCAUGAAGUUGGGGUUUCCAAAGAUGUUGUUGGAAAUUUGGUUCUUUCCAGAGACACUAAGGGUAUCAAGGGAAGUGAUGGACGUAAGUAUCUUAUGGACUUGUAUAGAACCACUCCAGUUGAUAUAGAGUUCAUCGAAGAAAAUUGGAAUGAAAAUACCGAGUCUAGUUACCCUCAUCGUGAGACUGUAUUGAGACAUGAAGCAGUUGAAGAAUGGUGGAAGAGAAAAGUCUCAGUCUUGAUAAAGGCAGAGGCUGACAGAUUAGAAAAAGAUGGGGAAAAGGCAAAGGAAGGUGAGGAAAAACCUCAACUUGUUAUUCCUUCCGACAAGAUUGUUUUCAACCCAGAUUCCUUUGCUCAUGGUAACACUAGUGUCAAUGUUGAAGACGAAAAUGAAGUUAGAGAAUUAAGUAAAUUUAUUAAGGAGCAAUUAAUUCCUGAAUUCUUGAAUGAAACUGCAAGUCAAAUUGCACCAUUUGAUGGUAGUCAUUUAUCUAAAUCUUUGCAUGACCAAGGUAUCAAUUUGAGAUACUUGGGUUAUGUUGCUGAGAAGGCAUUAGAAAAGAAAAAUGAAGAGCAAACAGCAUUUGAAAAUGUAGUAAGAAACAACAAGGAAAAAAUUGAAAGAAGAAAAGCUGAAGAAAAGAACAGGGAGGAAAAGAAGGAUGAAGAAAAGAAGGACGACAACAAAGAUGAAAAGAAGGAUGAUGAAAGUUCUAAUGGUAAAUUUGAACUUACACUUGCCAACUUGGAUACUCUUUACAAAAUCUCUAUUCAAGAAAUGGUAGCUAGAGCUUCAAAGCAUCUUUUACGUCAACUAUCAUCUGGUUUGCCAAUUUAUCUUACUUCUCACUUUGUUUCCCAUUUCCAUAACUGUUUAUUAGGAGGCUCAAUUUCAUCGGCACCAGAAGUCCACAUUGAACCAGAAAUGGCUGGUUUGUUCUCUGAUGAAGAUUUAGCAUUUUCUAAACUUACUUCUAAUCAAGUUGUUGAAAUGGUUACCAAAGAAGUUUUCAUUCGUUUCAGAUAUACCUUACCUAAAAACUGGCAAUCAGAAUUGGUUAGACCUGCUCAGUUAUUGAGAGAAAUUGCUAUAAAGUAUGGUAUUCAGUGGAAAGCUCAAACGUAUGGUUUCAAUAAGGAAGAAUUCGAAAAGUCAAAAAAUGCCUUAAGUGAAGUUUCAACCAUUUCUACUUCUACAUCUUCCUCUAAAAAGAGCAAGAAUAAGAAGAAACCUACAAGCGCUCAAGUUGUCACUAAAGCUAGAACUAGCAUUUUCAUUGGUGAAGAUAUCGUAUCUUUUGUUCCAAUUGUUAAGGAUUCUACUUAUAAAUCGACUUUACUCGAUGAAAUUUACGAAGCAGCCAGAGUUCACAUUUACAAAAACGAAACUGAAGUUGGAUUAACGUUAUUAAAUGAAUUAAUUUCAUUCAGUGAGCAAAUUUACGGAAGAGUUCACCCAGAGACUACUAAGUUUUAUGGUUCUAUUGCACAGAUUUAUUCUGAAUUGAAUUUGAAAUUUGAAGCUUGCAAUUUUGCUAGAAAGACUUGUAUCUUGUCUGAAAGAAUUUCCGGAUUUGAUUCUUUUAAUUCAGUGUUGGCGUACAUUAACUCAUCUUUUUAUGAAGGUGCUAACAACGACCCCGUGAGUUCUUUCAAAUUAUACAGUAGAGUAAUCUCUGAUUGGAACCGCGUGUAUGGAUCUAAUCAUCCAUCUUCUAUCAAUACCAUAAGCAACUUAGCAGAGACUUUAUCCACCCAUCAAUUGUUUACUGAAAGUCAUGCUUUAUACCAAAAGGUAUUGGAGGUCUCUGAUGAAUUAAAUGGAGAAUUAUCCCAAGUAAGUGGUAUGAUCAGGUAUAGAUUUGCCAGAUCCAUUUUCACUUCCGGUGAUAUCCAAGGUUCAUUGGAACAAUUUAAGAAAGCAAAUGAAAUCUUCAAUUUAUCCAUUGGUCCAGAUGAUGUUUUCUCUAAGGAGACAAAUGAACUUGUAAGUAAAUUCGAAGAUCACCUCAAGUACAUUGCUGAGCAAAAGAAGAAUGUUGCUCAACAACAAGCUCAACAACAAAUUGCUGCUCAACAGGCACUUCAACAGCAAGUUCAAGCUAAGCCUGCUACUGGAAAGAAAUCUGGAAAGAAACAACAACAAGUUCCAGUGUCAGAUCCUGCUAUCGCCUCGCAAUCAGUUGAUGAGAUUUUAAAAUUCAUCAAUGGAUCAAACCCAUCAAAAAAGAAGACUAAGAAGUCUAAAAAGUAA